AUGUCAUUUGGCGGGCAGACGCCCACGAUCAUCGUCCUAAAAGAAGGCACCGACCAAUCGCAAGGCCGAGGACAGAUCAUAUCAAACAUCAACGCAUGCUUAGCUGUACAGUCAACAAUCAAAACCACACUCGGCCCGUACGGCGGUGACCUGUUGCUCGUCGACGAGAAUGGCAAGCAAACGAUCACGAACGACGGCGCGACUGUCAUGAAAUUGCUGGACAUAGUACACCCUGCGGCGCGGAUCCUUACAGACAUUGCACGAUCACAGGAUGCCGAAGUGGGCGACGGCACGACUUCGGUGGUGGUGCUGGCGGGUGAGAUACUAAAAGAGAUCAAAGAGCAUGUCGACCAAGGCGUGAGCAGUCAGAUCAUCAUCAAGGGUCUACGGAGAGCAAGCACGAUGGCCGUCAACAAGAUUAAGGAGAUUGCUGUGGACACGAACGAAGGCAACCAGAGGGAGACACUGAGGAAGCUGGCGGCGACGGCGAUGAGCAGUAAGCUGAUACAUCGCAACGCCGACUUCUUCACCAAGAUGGUCGUUGACGCCGUGCUCUCACUCGACCAAGACGACCUCAACGAGAAGCUGAUCGGUAUCAAGAAGAUUACAGGUGGCGCCCUCCAAGACUCGCUCUCCGUCAAUGGCGUAGCUUUCAAGAAGACCUUUGCUUAUGCAGGCUUUGAGCAACAACCGAAAUCGUUCAAAGAUCCUUCCAUUGUCUGCCUGAACGUCGAGCUAGAACUCAAGUCUGAGAAAGACAACGCCGAAGUCCGCGUAGAGCAGGUGUCCGAGUAUCAAGCAAUUGUCGACGCCGAGUGGCGCAUCAUUUACGACAAGAUGGAGGCACUUUUCAAAACGGGCGCCAAAGUUGUCCUCUCGAAGCUUCCCAUCGGCGAUUUGGCCACACAGUACUUUGCUGACCGUGACAUCUUCUGCGCUGGACGUGUCGCAUCCGAGGAUCUAGAACGUGUCUGCCAAGCCACGGGCGCCAGCAUACAGUCUACCUGCUCUGACAUCAGAGAACAACAUCUUGGCACCUGCGAACGCUUCGAGGAGCGGCAAAUAGGUGGCGAGCGCUACAACUUCUUCGAGGGAUGUCCGAAAGCCAAGACCUGCACGCUGGUGCUGCGAGGUGGCGCGGAGCAAUUCAUUGCGGAAGUCGAGCGAUCAUUACACGACGCCAUUAUGAUCGUAAGACGUGCCAUCAAGAACACCACGAUCGUAGCCGGAGGCGGCGCAUGCGAGAUGGAGGUUUCCGCAUACCUCCACAACUUCGCGGACAAGAACGUCCCGCACAAGCAGCAAUCAAUCAUCAAGGCUUUCGCCAAGGCGCUAGAAGUCAUUCCUCGUCAGCUAUGCGACAAUGCGGGCUUCGACGCAACCGACAUACUCAACCGGCUGCGGGUUGAGCAUCGGAAAGGCAACAUCUGGGCCGGAGUGGAUUUUGACCACGAAAGCGUCAGAGACAACCUCGAGGCGUUUGUGUGGGAGCCAGCGCUCGUCAAGAUCAAUGCGAUACAAGCGGCGACUGAGGCGAGUUGUUUAAUCUUGUCCGUAGAUGAGACGAUCAAGAAUCAGGAAAGCCAGCAGCCGCAGGCACCGCAGAGAGGGCUACCUCCUGGCGCGGCGCAGCGGGCUAUGAGAGGGAGAGGUAGAGGAAUGCCGAUGAGAGGGCGGUAG